AUAAUUGUAAUUCUUGGUACCUCCCUAGGACGGUAAAAAGGUUCUACCUGCAUGCAUCGUGCAUCAUCGUUGGCCAAACCCGAUGUUAGAAAAGGAUUUGCAGUGAUCUAAUACCCAGGAUCGAGAUAGUGCUUUUCAGAUGAACGGAUUGGGACUGCUCACUCUGAAUAUUUGCUCUUGCUAUAGAUUGUGGUGCAUCUAUAGCUUACUACUUUAGCAGGAUGAAUUUGCCAUGGACAUGGUACAGUUUACUACAUCGGCAUCCACAUCCGCAUCCGCCUUGCAUGCACGGCCAGAGGAGCCGCCACUAGACACACACACUAGGAUAGCACUAUAGCUUAGCUCAAUCGCCGCGUCGGAACUCGCGAUUUGGAGCCUCCUGUUUUGUCAGACCGAAACCAGUGGCCGGUCACCUGCCACAGGAGAGCGACCGAAACCAGUGUCUCGUACUCACCUCACCUGCAGGCAACUUCUCUCGCUUGCUUCACUCUGUCCUCUCCAGUCUCCUCUCGCCUCUGCUCUGUCGAUCACUCUCUAUAUAGCUCACCAGCUUCGGCUUCAGCUCCAUCCAUCUGUCCAUUGCGAUCGAUCGACCAAUCGGUCUCUCCAUCCACGUUCUUGCUGCACGUCAGAAUGAUCUCCACCAGCCGCGCGGUGAAGUCGCCGCCGGCGUGCGCUCGGCGGCAGCAGCACAGCCGGUGGUCCCCGGACGCGCCGAGCCGCACGGCGAAGUUCUUGGCCAGUUACGGGAGGCGACGUAGCCCAGCGCCGUGCUCCGUGCGCGCCGCGGGUUCCAACACCAUUGGCUGCCUGGAGGCCGAACCGUGGGGUGGCGUCGCGCCCGCGCUUCCGUGCCCGCAGGUCGCGGCGCCGGCGCCGGGGGACGCGCUCGCCGUGCCGUCCGAGCAGAGGGUGCACGAGGUCGUGCUGAAGCAGGCGGCGCUCGCGGCUGCGGCGCCGAGGACGGCGCGGAUGGCCAAGCCGGAGCCGAUGGCCGGCGAGCUGAAGGCGGCCUUCGAUCGCAGCGGGGAGGUCUGCAAGGAGUACGCCAAGACAUUCUACCUGGCGACGCAGCUGAUGACCCCGGAGAGGAGGAGGGCAAUCUGGGCCAUAUACGUGUGGUGCAGGAGAACGGACGAACUCGUCGACGGCCCGAACGCGUCCCACAUCUCGGCCUUGGCGCUGGACCGGUGGGAGUCGCGGCUGGAGGACAUCUUCGCCGGCCGCCCGUACGACAUGCUCGACGCCGCCCUCUCCGACACCGUCGCCAACUUCCCCGUCGACAUCCAGCCGUUCAGGGACAUGAUCGAGGGGAUGCGCAUGGAUCUGAAGAAGUCCCGGUACCGGAGCUUCGACGAGCUCUACCUCUACUGCUACUACGUCGCCGGCACCGUCGGGCUGAUGACGGUGCCGGUGAUGGGCAUCUCGCCGGACUCCAGGGCGGCGACCGAGACCGUCUACAAGGGGGCGCUGGCCCUGGGCCUGGCGAACCAGCUCACCAACAUCCUCAGGGACGUCGGGGAGGAUGCAAGAAGGGGAAGGAUCUAUCUCCCACAGGACGAGCUGGAGAUGGCCGGCCUCUCCGAAGUCGACAUCUUCAACGGCCGUGUCACUGACGAGUGGAGAAGCUUCAUGAGAGGUCAGAUCACGAGGGCGAGAUCGUUCUUCAGACAGGCCGAGGAAGCCGCAACCGAGCUCAAUCAGGAGAGCCGAUGGCCGGUGUGGGCUUCUCUGCUUCUGUACCAGCAGAUCCUCGACGAGAUCGAGACGAACGACUACAACAACUUCACCAAGAGAGCCUACGUUCCAAAGGCGAAGAAGCUGAUGGCAUUGCCUAAGGCAUACCUGAGAUCACUGAUGCUCCCCUCUUCUCAGACUCAGAGUCAGAGACACUACUCCAGCCUGACAUAGAGUGGUCACUGCACAUGGUACAUAGCAGUGAAUGAUGUACAAAUUCCUGGUCAAGCCAGAAGAUCUGCAUGUGGGGGUGUGUGUGUGAUGGUACAUAGUUGUUUGAACAUUGUACUGAAAGUUUUGCCAUGUAUAUAUAUAUAUAGUGUGUGUACUGUGUGUACUAAAAAAAGAACAGUAGAGUAAAAGUGAAAUAAAACAGAGAGGACCGGGCGAGCUUCUUUGGAAGG